AUGUGGCGACUGCCGAUCGGAACGCAACUAAUCUUGAGGGUUGCUAAGCGCCAAGAAGAAGCCACUGGCGAUAUGACGAGGGCAAACGACCCUCGUCGCCAAGACUAUUCUCACAAUCGAAGCCAUUCUACCACAGGAAUCCGAGAUAAUGAUGAUUCAGACUUUAAAGCUGCCGAAGGCGAAAAACUACUUCCAACCCUCUGA